CUUUUGUUUUAGACAGCUGUACUAAUAAUUAUAAUAACAACAACAACAAUGUGAGAACACACAUUUGGAGUUUUUAUAUUUAAAUAUAAACAAGAAAUACAACAACAGCAUUAAAACGCUGAAAUCAAAUAAUGAUCUCAAAUCAAAACACGGAAUGUUUUAAACAAAAACUAAAAAUAUUUAAACAAAUUGUCAAAUAUACAAAAACAGUUGAAAGAGUGAAAUCAAAAGAAGAAACGCGGCGGACAAGAAAAAAAAUAUUAAAAAAAAGAUAAAAUAUACUCAUAGUUAAAGUGAAAUAAUAAUUAAACAACAGAAAAAGUGAUUAAUAUAUCUAUGAUAAAUGAAAAAAAAGUGUAAUUAACUAAUUAACCUAAGUGUAAAAAAAACGAAAAGCAACAAAGUAUCUUUAAGAUGUCAAACCUUAACAACAUCACUAGCACCCCCACCGUCACAACUACGGCGGAAGAGGAAAAAUGUGCGAAAAUUAAACGUUUCAUAGUAUUUGGAGUUUUGGCCGCAUUGGCCAUUAUUGGCUGGCAUUUAUAUGAACAUUUUAUGUAUGAUCCCUCCUCAAAAGAUCAUGUCACACCUACAGAACAUGAAAUACAUGAAUUUACCCGUAAUCUCUAUGAACUAGAAAUGCAACAUAAUCCAUAUUUAGCGAAAGUAAAUUUUCAGGGUAAAACCAAGGCCUCCUAUCGUGAUGAUAGAGCACCAGCACCUCUCUUACAGGUCAAUGAUGAUCUACUCUCUCUAAACGAUGUCAAAACUAUAGCUUUAAUGCGUCGCUUAUUUGAUAACUAUGAGCUGGAUACACAUGCCAUUGAACAGGUGACACCCGAAGAGGAACAGGAGGAGUUGGAUUUUCUUAAAGCUAUCCUCGAUACACCCAUUAUGAAAAAAACAAUGAAAUUUUUAGAAUUUAAAGGAGCUGUAACCAACAACUAUAAUACACAAUUACAACUCCUUAAGGACACCUGGUUCAUACAGUAUUCUCGAGGCCAGGGACGUAUUGGUAGUUCAGGGUUCGAACAUGUUUUCAUGGCAGAAAUACGUGAUCACAAUGUUUUAGGUCUACACAAUUGGGUUUAUUUUAAUGAACAGGAAAAAUUGGGUAAUUUAGAUUAUAAAGGCUAUAUCACUAAAGUGGAUUUGGAAAAGGAUUCACACUAUCUAACAGCUCUACGUUUUCAUUUUCACAAUAUAAACAAAGCUUAUAACACUUUACUGGUGGGAACCUCUCCGGAAUUGGAACUAAGUUUAUAUACUACUUGCUUUCUCUUGAGUGUAGGUAAACCCUGCUCUGUGCAAUUGGGUCAGGUUAAGUUUAAUAUUAUAACACAUGCCUGGGAUUGGCAGGGAAAGAAAACUAUAGCCACCGCUUAUCCCUCCAUAGAAAAGUAAUUAAUUUUUUGAUUUCUUCUAAAGAAAUUACUAAGUCAAGUAGUAAAUGCUAAUUUUUUUAUAAAAAUGAGGCUUUUUUUCUCUUAAGUAUAUAUGUAUAUAGUUUUUUUUUUGUAUAUUUAAUUAAUUUAUAAUAAAUUAAAUUUAUUUAUAUAUUUUUU